AAGAAUGCCCAGUACCCUACUGUCAUAAGAUUGUUGUUCAUCUGCCAAGGCAUUUGCAAAAAGUGCAUGAUUGGCCAAAACAUCAAGCUCGUGCUGCAGUAUUGCGGUUUAAUUUACGUAAGAAAUAUUCCUUUUCAACUGCAGAGAGUGCAGCUGCUGGCAAUAGGAAAGGGAAAACAAAUGCUGAUGAGCAUGGGCAAAAGAGGUGCAACAAGGAUUACCACAAAAAAGAGAUGUUGUCCAAUGGUAGGGUGUUCUGCAGUGGUCAAAAGGUUACCUGCACAUUUGCAAACUGUUCAUGGUUUCAGUCCAAAGUCAUCAAAGUACAAGGCCUUGUUAAGUAAAGCUCUUCCACAACCCAAAAGGCCCUAUUCAGUUCAGAUGAUUGAAAAAGAGCUGCUGCUAUCAAGAGAAUUGAAACUGAACCACCUAUGCCUGAUAUACCUGUAGUGGAUACUGUGAGAAAUGAUGAAGAUGAAGAAAUGGACUUGGAAGAUUUUGAACAAACUGAGACUUCAACCACAUGUGAUGUGAUUUUAAUUGAAGAUGAUGUGGAUAGCAGCAAGAGUCCUGACCCUGAAGUGUUAGUCAUGCUUGCCAAUUGGUUACAAUCGCCGGAUGGAGGUAAAAAAGAUGAGAAAACAGCAAAACAACAUGUGUCACAGAUAAAAACAUUUUAUCUCUGAUUGAUGCUGAAAGAAGGGUAAUGUCGCUUUUCGAUUGCUCCCUACUGAAUGACAAAUUCGUAAAGUAUGCGGAACAGAAGUACGUCCCUCAAACAAUCAAAUCGUACUUCAUGAGCCUGCGUCAUUUCUACAGCUAUGUUUUAGCAGAAAAGCCAGUAAUUGAUGCCACAACCGAGCUGGUUACUCAGAUGAUAGAAAAGGUAAAGAGAUGGUCUUCUUCCUACAAGAGAUCUAGCCAGAAAAGAAAGUGGGAAAAGAUGGAAGAAGACAGGGUUGAACUUGUUACACCUGAAAAAAUCCAGCAGUUUGAAAGAAGUCAGACUGGCAGGGAUGCUGUCAUUUUGCUGGGAAAAUUGAGUGGAGCACACAGUAUUGAGAUCACCCAAAGUCACUAUACUCUUCUGAGGGACUUUCUUCUCGUGCAAAUUUCGAUCGACAAUGCAAACCGGGCAGGAGUGCUGUCAAACAUGACUGUGAAAGAAUUUGAACGCGGUUACAAAGAAGAUGACAGAUUCAUCAUGAAUGUUAUGAAACAUAAAACAUUUCAUGUCCACGGCCCAGCGCAAGUCAUUCUUACUAGCAAUCUGCAAAACUGGAUCAGUAUCUUUAUAAAACAAGUGAGAUCAAAGCUGCCAUAUAUUACAGCAGAGAAAGAACAACCAUUGUUCCCAUCUUGGAAUGGAAAGAAAUUGGAAUCAGGCCAAAUUAGCAAAGCUAUUCAGUCCGUUUGGAAAAAGGCUGGAAUUGCAGGACCAAUCCACAGCACACUCUUCAGAAAAGGUGCAGUAACAGUGUGUCACAGCAGCCAGAAGGAAAUGACCAGUGACCUCGCAGACUUGAUGGCUCAUAAAGAAGAUACUGCAAAGAGGUGUACAGUGCUAUAUUACUUGUUACUAGCUUUUCAAUCAGUAUAUUAUUUUGUUUGGAACAAAUUUUUAGAUUUUCGAUUUUCAAAUUUAUUGUGGCCUUUGGGUACAUGUACAUGUAUUUACAUUGUAUUAGGCUGAGAGUUGCUCUAUCAUUUUAAAGUGCAGUUUUACAAGAAUUAAGGCAUUGAGCAAUUUCUUAAAUGUUUGAGACUCUUGGAUCAAAUUUUGUGGUGAUCAAACACGAAUUAUCAAAGUUACAAGCGAUUAUCUCAAGCCUUGCAAUUUACAAAAAUUAAGAUUGCUUUUUCAUAUGCUACACAUUAGAUGAUUUUUUUUUUUGUUAAGGCCUGAUCAAGCAAGCCCUAAAAGUUAAAGUUUACUUAAGGCAACUUACAGGAAAAUCUGUACCAUAUAUUUCCUAAAUAAGCAACUUCUUUAUAUUUUUCUUUAAGCUCAUUGUGGUUUACAAAAUUAUUCUGUGUUGUUGUGGGUCAAGGUGCUUGUUCUAAAUUCCAAACAAAUUUAUGCAACUUUCUGCUGUUUGGAAUAACUAUGCUUUCGAACAUGUUAUUCCCAAAGGUGAUGGACAAACACUGACCCCCAGUCCAUGGACUACCCCAAUGGACUAGCUAAAUGGGCUACCUUAAAAUUGACUACUCCUUAAAAUAAUAUUUCCAAUGUGUACUAUUUGAAGUUUUAAGAUGCUAUACCUUGCUUUUCUUUGUUCUGGAACCACUGAACACAAAAUAGACAAGUAGAUUCCUUGUUGAUCAGUAUUACCAUGACUUAAGUUGGACAAGUUAGGUGUACUGUUUACAAUGUUCCAGCCUCCUGAUAGCCUGACUUAUAUGCAUGUAUGUCACUAUUCUGGUGUCUACAAUGAAAUUAUGUCUUUUAUUGUUCUGCAACGGACAAAGCUAGAUCCAGUUCUAGUAAUGCAGCCAC